AUUUCCUACAAUGGAAAACAACGGGGGGGGGAAAAAUGGGCUUGAAAUAAUCAGGUUAUGUUCUGCUCACUACGCUGAAAGAUUUCUGGAGAGCAGAUUAAUACGUUAUUGCUUUGCAGAGAGCAGGAUCCCAGUUCCUCCUGCAAUGCCAUUUGUCUGAGGCACAUUGUGGGACCUGCCAGCACUCCCAGCUCUGUGCUCCCCCCAUGCAGCUCAUUGCUGUGUAUCUCCAUCUGCACUGGGGCAGAGGCUGCAGCUCAAACGAUACCAUUUUUCUUUUGUCAGCUUCAGGAACAAGGCAGCGUUGAACUCUGACAAACCUUGGCACUUGUUACGUGUUUACCUCAUUUGAUUCCUACUGCUCCUCUAAUACACUCGCAUUCCAAGUCGCUCAGCGUGAGGCCAUUGGGAAAACAAAGCCCGUGCUGGAACAUCAGGAAGAAUGCAUGAAAUGUGGGCAAUACAAUGGGCAUGACAUCAGAUUCCAGAUAUGGCAGAUGAUGAAUCAGAGCCUUCCCUGCAUCUGGCAGCUCCUUCCAUCCAACUCAACUGCCCUCAAUCAGCCUUUCUAAGCUAAGGGAGGAAAAUACCCACAGGGAACCUUCAGACGGGGAAAGGGCAGCCCUGAAUCCUCCUACACCCUUGUGUGCUCAAUAUGGGGUUGCAUGGCAGGAUGAUACAAUAGCACGGCUGUAUGCAAGUCAGUGCUGAGAUAUUAGGGAGCUCCUCAGCAUCCCAAAUUAAAUAGGACAGCUUGAAGGUGCUGGGUUUUUUUCUGCCGUAAAAUGAGCAUAGGAGGCUGUUGAGAUACACAGGGAAUAAAGCGGCUUUAUUUGGUCUCAUGUAUUUCCUUGUGCUGUGUGUUAUCCCAGCGUUUCUUGCUGCAGUGGAUGAGGAGAAUCAGUGAUUCACCUUAUGUACAACCCACCCUCCUGUGGUAGGGGGUCACUGCAAUAAACUGAAGGGCAAUGCACACAGAUCAUCUUAGGAACUCUCUGCUAAGCCACCAGCUCACUGAGCCCAUGCUAAUGGUAAAUAGGGGCUAAGCAAAGCUGUGUUUAACACAGGUAUCUAUGGAAGAAGAGCUGCAACAGGAGCCUGGCAUUAAACCCCACCGCCAUGACCCGGCAGCUCCUCCCCGCCGCCAGGGGGCGCUCCGCCAUUCCCCGCCCUCCCAGUAGGGGGCGCUGCUCGGGGCGGAGCGGAGCGGUAAGAAGAGCGCUCUGAUUGGCGGAAAGGACCUCUGCAGGGAUGAGAGCGGCGCGUUGAUUGGUGGCGAGCAUCCGGGAGGAGGGGGGGCUGGUGAAGGCCUGUGCAGCGGCCCCCCCCUUCCCGUGGGUAUUUACUCAUCUUGGCGGGAGGAGGCUUUUCAACCAAUCAGCGCUCUCCUCCGCGCACUGUUACCAGGCAGAUUAUGAUAAUGAGGUCCGGGCGGCCGCCCCCCCCCUCCCGCUCUGCAGCUACCAUUGUGAGGUGAGGGCAGGUGGGGGGGUUUGUGUCCGCAGCGGGGACGGAGGAGGAGACCGGGACUCCACAACAGCACGGGACCCCCCGAGGAAGGACAGACACUGAGGAGCACUUGGAUAUAUGAGAACUAAGGCUGCGCAGAGAGGGAGCUGCAUCUCCAAGUGGACAAAGCACGAGAGCUGAGUUCCUUGAAACAAUGUGUGCUGCUGAUGAAUGAGGAUGCAGAGGAACAGACAGCAGCCGUGACUCAAUAGUCAAUGAGGUUGGAACCCCAGCGUGCUUCCCUGCCCUUCCUGCUGCAAUGAAAGCAUCUCCUUGCCAAGGAACCUCAGGAAAUGCACCAACUCUGCCUUCCAGGCAAGCUGGGCCAUGUUACUGAAGAUCCCGUUGCCUUCUGGAAGUAGAAGCACAGUGAAGAGAUGAAUCUAUUCAGCCAGACAUUCCUCCAAUAGUUAUUUCCCAUCAUGGAGCACCACAGCAGGGAGGAGAUGGACUCGAAAGAAGAAAGUCCUCAAGUGUGGCCUGACUCUGCUGAGCAGGACCAGAAUGCUGCUCAGGUGCACUUCGUUCCGGAAGCAGGGACGGUGGCACAGAUUGUGUACAGUGAGGAGCAGGAGCGUCCCUCCCAGCAGGUUGUGUACACAGCAGAUGGCACCUCGUACACCUCCGUGGACACCUCGGAGCACACGCUGGUUUACAUCCAUCCCGUGGAAGCUACGCAGACUCUGUUUACAGAUCCGUCCCAAGUGGCUUAUGUCCAGCAGGAUGCCACCACGCAGCAGGUAACUGUGCUCUUGCCUGCUGCUGCUCAGAGCAUGAAUCCCACCAACCUGUCCGUGCUCGGCAGCGUUGCAGAAUCCCCCCAGCAAAUGGCUCUGGAGCAGGGUCAACAAGCAGAUAGAGCAUCGUUACCGGUGCAUAACCAGGUGUUACCUCCUAUGGAGGCAGUGGAUGGUUCUGACCCUUUAGCACCGCUGGAGAAUCAGAUGGAAAGGAUGGAAACAAAAGAGGAAGACGAUGAGGAUGAAGAUGAUGAUGAAGAAGGGGAAGACACUGACAUGGAUGAAUGGGAUCCAGAUCCACCCCGACCAUUUGAUCCCAAUGAUCUGUGGUGUGAAGAGUGUAAUAAUGCACAUCCCUCCGUGUGUCCAAAACAUGGACCUUUGCAUCCAAUCCCAAACAGGCCUGUGUUGACCAAGGCAAGAGCCAGCCUCCCCUUGGUGCUCUACAUAGACAGGUUUUUGGGAGGUGUCUUCUCCAAAAGGCGUAUCCCCAAACGCACACAGUUUGGACCUGUAGAAGGACCCCUGGUUAGACAAACUGAGCUCAAAGACUGCUAUAUCCAUUUGAAGGUGUCUCUUGAUAAGGGUGACAGAAAAGACAGAGAUUUGCAGGAGGAUCUGUGGUUUGAACUUUCUAGUGAGGCUCUUUGUAACUGGAUGAUGUUUGUGCGUCCAGCUCAAAACCAUUUGGAGCAGAACCUGGUUGCGUAUCAAUAUGGCCACCAUAUUUAUUACACAACCAUUAAAAACGUGGAGCCCAAGCAGGAGCUCAAGGUGUGGUACGCUGCCUCUUACGCAGAGUUUGUGAACCAGAAGAUCCAUGACAUAUCUGAGGAGGAACGGAAAGUUCUCAGAGAGCAAGAGAAGAACUGGCCGUGUUAUGAGUGCAACCGUCGUUUCAUGAGCUCAGAGCAGCUCCAGCAGCACCUCAACUCCCAUGAUGAGAAGCUGGACUUCUUCAGCAGAGCCAGAGGCAGAGGUCGUGGGCGAGGAAAAAGGAGGUUUGGACCAGGCAGGCGCCCGGGACGCCCUCCCAAAUUCAUGCGUAUGGAAGUAACCAUUGAAAAUGGAGAAAAGAGUGAAGAAGGGACACAGGACUUGCUGCAUUUUUCCAGCAAGGGGCAGUUUGAUGAGGCCAGACAAGCGACACUGAAUGGGCUGGAGCAGCAGGAACAAACUCCAGUGCCAUCAGAGACACAGUCAACACUGGAACAGCAGUCAGAAAACCACCCGCUACAAAUCCAGCCCCAGCAUGAUGAGAGCGCGGUGCCUACGCAGAGCACCAUGACAGCAGAUGACAUGAGGCGAGCAAAGCGUAUCAGGCUGGAGCUGCAGAACGCAGCUCUUCAGCACUUGUUCAUAAGGAAAUCCUUCCGCCCAUUUAAAUGCCUUCAGUGUGGGAAGGCGUUCCGGGAAAAGGACAAACUGGAUCAGCAUCUGCGGUUUCAUGGCCGGGAAGGGAACUGCCCUUUGACUUGUGACAUUUGCAACAAGGGUUUUAUCAACAGCGGUUCUCUUGAGAGCCACAUGAAGUUCCACAUGGACCAGAAAACAUACUCCUGCAUUUUCUGUCCUGAGUCCUUUGACCGCUUGGAUUUACUCAAAGAUCACGUGGCCAUCCAUAUCAUUGAUGGCUAUUUCACCUGUCCUACCUGCAAAAAGCGCUUUCCAGACUUUAUCCAGGUCAAGAAACACGUACGCAGUUUCCAUUCAGAAAAGAUUUAUCAGUGCACAGAGUGUGACAAAGCUUUCUGCCGCCCUGACAAGCUGCGGCUCCAUAUGUUACGACACUCGGACCGCAAAGACUUCCUGUGCUCCACGUGUGGCAAACAGUUCAAGAGGAAAGACAAAUUGCGAGAGCACAUGCAGAGGAUGCACAACCCAGAGAGGGAGGCCAAGAAAGCCGACCGGAUCAGCCGCUCAAAGACUUUCAAGCCUCGGAUCGCUUCCACUGACUAUGAAAGCUUCAUGUUCAAGUGCCGGCUGUGCAUGAUGGGCUUCCGCCGGAGGGGGAUGUUGGUGAAUCAUUUGUCAAAGAGACAUCCAGACAUGAAAAUAGAAGAGGUGCCAGAGCUCACGUUGCCCAUCAUCAAACCCAACAGAGAUUAUUUCUGUCAGUACUGUGAUAAGGUGUACAAGAGUGCCAGCAAACGCAAAGCACAUAUCCUGAAGAACCACCCUGGUGCUGAGCUACCUCCAAGCAUCCGGAAACUGCGCCCUGCAGGCCCAGGAGAGCCAGAUCCCAUGCUGAGCACCCACACCCAGCUGACAGGCACUAUAGCCACCCCUCCAGUCUGCUGUCCUCAUUGUUCCAAGCAGUACAGCAGUAAGACGAAGAUGGUACAACACAUCCGCAAGAAGCACCCAGAGUUUGCUCAGCUCCCUAACACUAUACAUGCCCCACUGGCGACAGCUGUCAUCAGUUCCACUCCUGCAGUCCUCACCACUGACAGCACUACCGGAGAGACUGUUGUGACAACAGACUUACUGACACAAGCAAUGACGGAGCUAUCCCAGACCCUCACAACAGACUAUCGAACUCCCCAGGGGGACUACCAGCGAAUUCAGUACAUCCCUGUGUCUCAGUCCACAACUGGCUUGCAGCAGCCUCAGCACAUUCAACUGCAGGUUGUUCAAGUGGCCCAGGCUACCUCACCUCACCAGUCUCAGCACUCCACAGUGGAUGUUGGACAGCUGCAUGACCCCCAGACAUAUACCCAGCAUGCCAUCCAGGUGCAGCACAUCCAGGUCACAGAGCCAUCACCCACAGCUCAGUCGUCAUCACAGGUUGGGGGUCAGCCUCUGAGUCCCUCCUCACAGCAAUCACAGCAGGAACUCAGCCCCUCACAGAUGCAGACAGCUGCAUCUACACAAAACCAAGCCCUCCAGCAGCAGCAAGGAUCUUCAGUCCAGCACACAUAUCUUCCCAGCACAUGGAAUUCAUUUCGGAGUUACUCAUCCGAGAUUCAGAUGAUGACCAUCCCUCAAGGCCAGUAUGUCAUCACAGAGACAGCUGUAGGUACACCUGUUACCACUGUCAACACAGGGCAAGUGAAAGCAGUCACUCAGACCCACUAUGUGAUAUCUGAAGGUCAACCUGAUCUGGAUGUCAAACAGAACUCAUCGCUCUCCAGUGAGGUGCAGGUCGGUGUUUCCCAGCCACCAACACACACUGAUACGCUGGAAUCUCAAACGAGUAAUCAGCAGCAAACAACCCAGUACAUAAUCACUACAACCACCAAUGGCAACGGGGGCAGUGAAGUGCACAUCACUAAACCAAGAACUUUCUCAGCAGAACACGAAUGAAGAAGCAUUGGGGUGUCGCUCGUAUUUUUCACCUCCUCCAAAAGCCCGAGUAGAUGGGUAUCCUGGAGCUCGUAGGUUUUAAAGUAUUUGCUCACUUCAGCUAAAAUCCUGAAGCUCUUGUUAAUGCUUUAAGAGGGUUUAAGUCCUCAGUGACCAUGAAGAAUUACCCUCAAAAUCCUCCUGGGAUGCCAUUUUAUGCAGCUUUUAACAAAAAGGACAAGAGGAGAAAUGAAACCUCUGGACUUUUUUUGGCAUGUCUGCUGACCCUAAUUUUUUCCUUCUGAGAAGCGUCUCUGGUAACCACCUAUUUCAAUUGUAAGGGAAUAGCUUGCCCAUCUGAAGGCAAAUUUGGCAGAUGAUGUUGUAUGUAUAUUUGUAAUAGGAGCUGUUAAACAAGAGGACAUCAUGUAAGUUGCUGGAAUAUGGCAGAGCUGCUUUCUCUGUCUUUGUUUCAGCAGCCAACGUGAAAGGGAAUAUAAGCUUGAGAGCAGACUUUGUGGAGAAUAGGAGCAGCAGUGAAGCAGUGACUCUUUGCUUAUAUGUGUGGGAAUGGAUACCACAAUGAAGCUGUGACGACAUGCAGAAGCAGUCCAUUAAAUUAUUAUUUUUCCAACCCUCAAACUGUUUACAUGCUGUCUCACCUAUCCUACUUUCCCAAGCAGUUCCGGAGAAAGGAAAAGUGCAGCCUUAUGUUUGGAAUAAAACCAUAGCAGCACGUAAGAAUAGUACGGAGCCACUGUUAUUAUUUUUCCCUCCAGAGUUUGCAGGGCAAAACACCUUUCUGCCCACAAACAGAAAAGGCUUUACCUUUGCCUGCAUAGCAGCUUCUGCUGUGAUCUCUAACAAUAGAUCUGCCAGGAGAAAUGGCUAUAGAAGCGCACCUUCUGAAAACGCAGGCUGGUCGUCUCUGUUGCCACCUGAAAGUUGGACGUAUCUUUCUCUUGAGGACUGGAUGAAGAGUUGGUUUAUGCUGGUUUUCCAUUUACCUUGUUAACAACACACCAAUUCCUUUGGACAGUUACUUAAAGUGACCAGCCUUGGACUCAGGAAACACAAGCAAAACACCAGUGGACCACUAUUUACAGGACACAGAAAGCCAUCUGCAAGAGCUGCCUGCUUUGCUAGACCUGGUCUAUGUACAGAACUGAUGUUAUGUCUGGGGACCAGGACAGAGGGAAAGGUGUCUUUUUUUCUUUUAAGGCAGUGUAUUCUUUUCUUACAUAAUUCUCCUUCACAGGUCGUGUUGGUUAUUUAAUGCUUUUUGGUAUUGCGAGAGUAUGAUUGCAACGCCAUAUACUGUUGAUGGGCUGUACUGUAUGUGUCUAAAUGUUCAUUCAUUCUGCUUGAAACCUCAUCCCAGAAUGUCAGCGCAUAACAGGAUAAGAUUAUUUAUAAACUAUAAAGCAGAGAAGUCUUGUCUUAAUGACCCUCAAGAAAGGCCAGAAGAACUAAGAGAGGAUCUCGGGGUUUUCUUACACUGCAUUGAGUGCAAAUCUGGAACCUCUGGUGUAAUUGCUUCUAUGGAUUGAGAUGGAAUUGAAUCAUGUGAGUGCUGUUACACGUGUUAUACAGGUUGUGGUGCCAGGCCUUACAGAGGCAAAACUCUUAGAUAUGAGAGAGCAUAACACUCAGUCUUGGAAAGCAGAUGUCUUGUUCCUUGCUGGCAAAGCCUUGUAGCAUGUAUUCCCUUGGUAAAUAACAUAUCUAUUAAUAUGGUGUGGAAAUCGUGACCGUGCAUGAUGAGAAAUCCUGAUUGAAAUACUGGCCAGUCCAGAACUGUUUCAAGGUCACUUGCCAAAGUGUAGGUGAAUUUGUGCCUGGGAUUUCACUUCUCAUAUUGCAGCCACGGUAGUGGGGCAUUAACUAAUAAUUGGAGCAUUAAUUGGGUUGGUAAGUAGUUAAAGACCUGAGCUCCCAUUUAGUCAGGUGCAGUGAUGAGCCUUUUGGUUUGGUGGGUUUGGGAGCUCAUUUACUCCAGCAGUGCAGCCGAGCAGCUGUGAUACCCCUUAAUUCAAAUGAAAUCAUGUUGCUGAGCACUUAUUGAAGAACAGUGUUUGUAUGGGAGAAUAGAAAGAAGCUCUUUGCAUUGGCCUUGCCUCACAGAGCCCUUUUUUAGGAGGGGGGUCUGCAUUCAGGCUGCUGUGUUAACAACACAAGUCAAACAUUUGGUAGGUACGAGCAGGAGGGAAGUAGAAGACCUGGAAAUUAAAUCAUUGCAAAUGGAUGCUGAUCUACAGGAGUGUUUUUAAAGUCUUAAAGCCGGAAAUCUUUGGAUGUUAUCAAACUUUAAUGAUUUAACAAAUGUGAAAUUAAGAAAGAAAUGCUUUAUUCACCUUUGGGAAAGGUCACAGAAUGAGGUUGUUUGCUCUUGUAUCAGUUUCUUUAAAGCUGAAAAGUGCAAAUUGUUCCAGAAAACAGUUGUACAACGGCACCUUUGAACUCAUUCCUGCUUUAGUGAACUCCCUGCAAUAGCAGCUACUCAAAGCCAUCAGCUUGACACCAGCAUUAAGCGACUCAUCGUGUCCUCAGUCAAACUGAUGCCUUGUGGAGGGGGAGAAGCACGUCUGGAAAUCAAGUGGUGUGAAUUGUCAUUCCAAAGUAAUGAAGUACAGUGACAGAAUAGAGGGGGGCAGGGAAGCUGAAGGAAGCUAUAAAGAGCUGGUUUUGUUCCCCAUUACCCCCUAUAGGACCCCAAUGGGAUCUGACUGCUUGUGGGGCAGCGUUAUUGAACCGUGUACGUCCAUUGUCCAUACGGUGACUGUUGUGUUCAUAGUCUUUGUGCUCCUGGCUGGAUGUACAAACAACAACCAUGUUAAUAAACCUUUUUCUUCUUGGUUUUUUAAA